CGCACACACACACACACACACAUGCACACACACGCACACACAGACUGGAGUUUCAAACCAAAAGGCGAAAACGAACCUAGUACGUCUGGGCGCAGGGGAUUACAGAAAGAAAUAGAGUUCAAGAGGAAAACUCCAGUUCAAAGACGGAAACAACAACGACGCGGACUCCGGACGAUUUCUACAGCCAGAAAGCACCAGCAGAUGUAGAUCGGACCAGAGAGCUCCGUGUGCUCAGACUGCAGCCACCCGAACCUCGUCGGAGAAGACUCAGUGGUUGAUGCCAGCAGGAUGGGGAACAGCAGCAGCGACAGGUCCAGCGGGGGUCAGGGUGAGAGGUCGUACAGAGAUGGACAGCAAGGGGGGAAAGAGGCACGUCCCAACAUCCUGAUGGACAGCACAGAGGACGCAGAUCUUUUCCAGAGGGACGAUCCAAAGGCUCCACAAGAAAUACAGGAGUUUCUGGCCUGGCAGCAAGACAUGGAGAGUGACAGCAAAAGCCCAACACAGGCCCGGCCGACCGUGUUCCGAUGGUCGGGGGGCGCCAAAGAGGUCUUUGUGUCCGGCUCUUUUAACAACUGGGCCACCAAGAUCCCACUCAACAGAAGUCAGAAAAAUUUCGUGGCUCUAGUGGACCUGCCAGAGGGAGAGCACCAGUACAAGUUUUGUGUAGACGGUCAGUGGACUCUGGAUCCGACUGGGGCUGUGAUGACGUCUAAAACCGGAACAGUCAAUAACGUUAUCCAGGUGAAGAGAACCGACUUUGAAGUGUUUGAUGCCCUCAGGAUCGACUCAGAGGAUUCUGCAGACAUUUCAGACUUGUCCAGCUCCCCUCCCGGCCCCUACCAACAGGACGCAUAUGUGACCAAACCGGAAGAAAAGAUCAGACACCCUCCUAUUUUGCCCCCGCACCUGCUGCAAGUGCUGCUCAACAAGGACACAGGUGUCUGUUGUGAUCCGACGCUGCUCCCGGAGCCCAACCAUGUGAUGCUCAAUCACCUGUACGCCCUCUCCAUCAAGGAUGGGGUGAUGGUUCUCAGUGCAACACACCGAUACAAAAAGAAGUAUGUGACCACUCUUCUGUACAAACCAAUAUAAUCCACAGAGCCAUGAUGCAGCCUCGUAUAUUGGAAUCAUGAUACGUCCGGUUGUUUUACACAGCUGCUACUUGGACUGUUUUGUUAAAACUGAACCUAAAUAUCUUCCUGUUAUCGAUGAAAAAGAUUUGUUUUGUUUUUUUACCAUCCUGUAAUCGCAUAUUUUGAAAAUGUUGUGCAUAUUUUAGAUGCUACACAGUGAUUGUGCUUUAUGAUGAGGCCAUAACUGAAACCUAAAGCUUCGCUCUUUAUGAUCAGUCAGUGUCAAACGGAAGCAAAUAAUUAGGACCGAAAAAGGGUCAAGGGAGACUUUCAUUGUAACCUCACUCAGUCCAGAUGUGUAAACAGAUGAUGUUGAUGUUGGCUGAGCACACUUAACUAAAACUUAACUUAAAGUUUUGUUAAGUAAACUUAAAAAACUUAGACCAAUCAGCCACAAUAUUAAAACAGUAAUACGUGUGUGUGUGUGUGUGUGUAUGUAUGCAUAUGUAUACAUAUAUUCACAUAUACAUAUAUAUGUGUGUAUGUGUGUAUGUAUGUAUAUACAUACACAUACAUAUAUAUAUAUAUAUAUAUAUAUAUGCCUUUGUACAAACUUCUACAGACUUCUUUUACAUCAGGUUUUAUUUAAAAAUUAUAAAGA